AUGGUGCCCUUUGACACGACCAAAACCGAACCAUUGGUGAUCACCAGUGGUUCUGUCACACCGACGCCGUCCAUUAUCAGUGGUGCUGUUACACCGACGCCGUCCAUUAGCAGUGGUGCUGUUACACCGACGCCGUCCAUUACCAGUGGUGCUGUUGCACCGACGCUGUCCAUUACCAGUGGUGCUGUUACACCGACGCCGUCCAUUAGCAGUGGUGCUGUUACACCGACGCCGUCCAUUAGCAGUGGUGCUGUUACACCGACGCUGUCCAUUACCAGUGGUGCUGUUACACCGACGCUGUCCAUUAGCAGUGGUGCUGUUACACCGACGCCGUCCAUUAGCAGUGGUGCUGUUACACCGACGCCGUCCAUUACCAGUGGUGCUGUUACACCGACGCCGUCCAUUAACAGUGGUGCUGUUACACCGACGCCGUCCAUUAACAGUGGAUACAAGUCGAAGAUCUCCUUUGGGGGAAGUGGAAAAGGUCGUGGCGAGUUCUCGGGAUAUAACUAA